AUGGAUAACUCUACGACGACCUUAAGCUACACCCACAAGCAGCUUACAGCCAGCAAACUCACUCUGGAGAUAGACCAACGCCCAGAAUCGAAAAAGGAUAGUCUGAUAUACCAGGAGAAGGAAUCCGCCAAGCGCCGCCAAACCAAGGAAUUCUUCCGCCCCUGGCUGGACAACAAAAAAGAGGCAUCCCCACCCACAGCCUGUCCACCAAAGUCCACUGCUCCCGCCUUGGGUCCCACCUGCAGGCCGACACUCGCUGAGACGCCCCGCCAGCUCAGCCCCCGGGAGCACCAGCGUCGAGAUCGCAGUCUCCUCAGUCGCCGGGCCGAGCAGGCACAGGCGCAGUACCUCCAACUUAUGGCCGUGCUGGAGCAGCAGGCUCACACGAAUCUCUACUACCGUCAGCUGCUGCCUCGGCAACAUCAGCAGUUUCUCAAGCAGAUGGCCCUCGACCAGCAAAUGCUCGCAAAUGGAGCACAGCAAUAA